AUGGGAGAGGCUGUGGAGUUCAUUGCUUCCUUCACCGUGCCUUUUUCCAGUGAAAUCUCAUCCCAGGUCUCCCUCGUCCCCAAAUGGAUCCCUUGGGCCAGUUCCGACACACACAAGUCCAUGGAAAAAGAUGGGAUACACCCACGGGUGCUGGGGAAGAUGGACCGUGUCCUUGCAAGAUAUUGCUUGUCUGUCCUCGACAUUUCAGGGCCAUCCGGGAAGGUGGCUGAUGACUGCAGAGAGGCAGACAUUGCACCCAUCCUCCAGAAGGGCCAGAAGGAGGAUUUGGAGAACUACAGCCCAGUCAGCCUCACCUCAUUCCCUGGGAAGGUGACAGACCUCUUCCUCAUAGAAGUCUCCCCUAGCUCUUCACUGACUUUUCCUCCCUGGACAGGUCCCAAUGCCCAGAGGAAGCACAUGUCCAACAGCAGCUCCAUCAAGGAGUUCCUCCUCCUGGCAUUUACAGACACACGGGAGCUGCAGCUCUUGCACUUCUGGCUCUUCCUGGGCAUCUACCUGGCUGCUCUCCUGGCCAAUGGCCUCAUCAUCACUGCCAUAGCCUGCGACCACCACCUCCACACCCCCAUGUACUUCUUCCUCCUCAACCUCUCCAUCCUCGACCUGGGCUCCAUCUCCACCACUGUCCCUAAAGCCAUGGCCAACUCGCUCUGGGACACCAGGGCCAUCUCCUAUGCAGGAUGUGCUGCACAGCUCUUUUUCUUUUUCUUUCUGAUCUCAGCAGAGUAUUCUAUCCUCACUGUCAUGGCCUACGACCGCUACGUUGCCAUCUGCCAACCCCUGCACUACGGGACCCUCCUGGGCAGCAGAGCUUGUGUCCACAUGGCAGCAGCUGCCUGGGGCAGUGGGUUUCUCUAUGCUGUGCUGCACAUGGCCAAUACAUUUUCUAUACCACUCUGCCAGGGCAAUGCCCUGGACCAGUUCUUCUGUGAAAUCCCCCAGAUCCUCAAGCUCUCCUGCUCACAUUCCUACUUCAGGGAAGUUGUGAUUAUUGUGGUUAGUGUCUGUGUAGCAUUUGGUUGUUUUGUUUUUAUUCUGCUGUCCUAUGUGCAGAUCUUCAGGGCUGUGCUGAGGAUCCCCUCUGAGCAGGGACGGCACAAAGCCUUUUCCACGUGCCUCCCUCACCUGGCCGUGGUCUCCCUGUUUAUCAACACGUCUGCAUUUGCCUACAUGAAACCCCCCUCCAUCUCUUACCCAUCCCUGGACCUGGUGGUGGCAGUUCUGUGCUCGGUGGUGCCUCCAGCAUUGAACCCCCUCAUCUACAGCAUGAGGAACCAGGAGCUCAAGGAGGCCAUUAAGAAAGUGAUUUCAUGGAUGUUUUUGAGUCAUUAUAAACCUUCCAUGUCUCUUCAGAAGUGA